AAGUGUAUCUUUGUAAGCUAUAAGCAUAAGGACCUGAAAAGCAGUGCGUUUCAGUCAGAUCUCAGACUCACUAAAAACAGAGACAAAGAUGAACAGCUCCUCUUUCAAGAUUGACAAUGAUUCGUUAUCGGACAGCUGGUCAUCUGGAGGGAACAUUGCAGCCUGUGUGAUCCUGGGGGUGUGUUUCCUGGUGGGCACACCUGGGAAUCUGCUGGUGGUGUGGACCAUCUUGAAGCAUGUGAAGCAGCGUUCACAUACGGUGCUUCUCAUCCUCCACCUGGCAGUCGCAGAUCUUCUGGUGCUGGUCACUCUGCCGCUGUGGAUCUACUCGCUGGCCCGUUCCUGGGUGUUUGGAGAGGCUGCCUGCAAAGCCAUGGUGUACAUCAUCAAUGCCUGUAUGUACAGCAGCGUCUUCAUCAUCACCGUCAUGAGUGUGGAGCGCUUCCUAGCCAUCAGAUACCCCUUAAAGAUGCUGUAUUGGCAAAAUAGGAUGUCCAUGUCCAGAAUUGUGGCAGUGACCUGGACCCUGUCAUUCAUUUUGGGGAUUCCCGUCAUCCUAACCCAGAAUAUCGAUGAAGAUGAUGAUGAAGUGAAACAUUGCUUCUCCCGGGAGUACAGCUCUAUGUUCUUUGAAGUCUUUUGUAUGUGUUUGGAGACUCUGCUUGGCUUCGUUAUUCCAUUUCUCACACUUGCGAUCUGCUACUGUCAGGUUGCCAUACAGCUCCGAAAGGUGCGCUUUAGGACCAAGAAAACAGCCUUUCUCAUUUGUGGAGUGGUCGUGGCCUUCAUUGUGUGUUGGUUACCUCACCACAUCCUCAAUGUCGUAGAAAUUUUGGUUCUUCUAGUAGGACAAUCAGAUGAAUGGUCUCCUAUCCCAAAUAGUGUUGUCUUCAUUUCUGGAGCUCUGGCAUUUAUCAGUAGCUCAGUAAACCCUGUGCUGUAUGCAUUUGCGGCUAAAAACUUACAUGGAAGUCUGAAGAAGUCUGGGAUAGUGAAGCUGUUUCAGGACUUAACAACACAAACACAGCAAGGCUUCUCACAGGAUUCUGGACUGCAGGACGGAAAGAUCCUUGAAGACCCCAAUGGUGGUGAACAAGAGGGAUCUCACAGAUCUCUGAGUAACUGUUAGACUUAUUAGAAAUGUUGAUAUUUUCUUAAUGGUCAACUUUAUUUAAAAACCAUAAUAUUUCUUCUUCUUCUUCUUGUUUUUAACUUGUUUAAAUGCCAUAAUAUUUCUGUUUGUUAAUAGUCAAAUUUGUUUAAAUGACACAAUAUUCAUCUGUUUUUAUGGUCAAAAUUGUUGAAAUAUCAAACUUUUGUAGUCAAAAAUUGAAAUUACAUAACAUUUUGAUUUUUAAUUGAUGAUACUUGUUUAAAUUUCACAGUAUCUAAAAUAUUUGUGAUCAAAGUUGUUUUAAUGCCAUUACAUUUGCAUUUAUUUUUUUUUAAUCAAAGUUGUUUAAAUGCCAUUAUAGGUGAUUUUUUUGAAUUGUUAAAGUUGUUUAAAUGUCAUAAUACUUAAUACAGAGGAGAAAAUUGAUUUAAAAAUAAAUAAAAACCUAAAAUAUCCUGCUUGAGCAUUUGCAGGGCUUUAAAAA